GUGUGGUCAGUCGAUCUCCUCCACCCAUCCCACUUCCCUGGCAACUUUGGAGUGUCUGCGUGAAGGGGGGAAGCAAGAUACCGGUAAAAUCCUCCUCGCUUUCCUUCAGUGCUCUGACAGCCGACAGGAAUGAUUUGCCUGCUCAAAGGAUGUUGACUUUGGAGUGGGAGUCUGAGGGACUGCAAACAGUGGGUAUUGUUGUGAUUAUUUGUGCGUCUCUGAAGCUGCUGCAUUUGCUGGGACUGAUUGAUUUUUCAGAAGGUUUCCUCUACGCCCAGAACAGUACCAAACACAGCAUUAAAGAGAGGCUUAUGAAGCUCUUUCCUUGCUCAGCUGCCAAAUCGACACCUCCUGAUUCUCAAAACAGCGUAGAAGAUGAAAUUGAACUGGCUACCGUCCGGCAUCGGCCCGAAGCCCUUGAACUGCUGGAAGCCCAGAGCAAAUUCACAAAGAAGGAGCUGCAGAUCUUAUAUAGAGGUUUCAAAAAUGAAUGUCCCAGUGGGAUUGUUAAUGAAGAGACCUUCAAAGAGAUCUACUCACAGUUCUUCCCACAGGGAGAUUCCACAACAUAUGCACAUUUUCUGUUCAACGCGUUUGACACAGAUCAUAACGGAUGUGUGAGUUUUGAGGAUUUUGUUAUGGGACUUUCUAUUUUGCUCCGGGGGACAGUGCAAGAAAAACUUAACUGGGCUUUUAAUUUAUAUGACAUAAAUAAGGAUGGUUAUAUAACAAAAGAGGAAAUGCUUGAUAUUAUGAAAGCCAUAUAUGAUAUGAUGGGGAAAUGCACUUAUCCUGUUCUCAAGGAGGAUGCACCCAGGCAACACGUGGAAACAUUUUUUCAAAAAAUGGACAAAAACAAGGACGGUGUCGUUACUAUGGACGAAUUCAUUGAAAGCUGCCAAAAAGAUGAAAACAUCAUGCAGUCCAUGCAGCUCUUUGAAAAUGUGAUUUAACUCCGCGCAGUUCUUUCCAUUUAAUGGACACUAUUGAACAAUUCAGCAGCCGCGACUCCAUACCAGGUGUUCCCACUCUGAACCAUAAAACGGGAUUGCUCAGCUUUACACAGAGAUGUGUAUAAUGCAAAUAAGCUUUGUUUAAUAAAAGCCUCUGUGACGAGACUAUAUUUUUCCCACUAGUUGAGAUGAAACAGUCCUCUUUUAAACUACGCUCUUGUAGAUGUUCUUUAAACUUCACUGGAUUUGGAGAACGGGCCAAAGAAAAAUGGUAUGAAAACUGCAACGGUUGCCAUCCCAACCUUGAU